AUUUUCAAUCACAUUUCUUUAACCUUCUCUUCAGUUUCUGAAACUACCCUCAUCGGGUCUCCAAGGAGCCAGGAAAGGACUUCCUUCUCGGCUUCUCGGAGUCUCAUCAUCCCCUGUUUCACGUUUUCUUCAUCCACACGCAACCUCUUAACCCUAAUAAUGGAUUCCACAGAGCUAAAACGUGUGUUCCAAAUGUUUGACAAGGAUGGAGACGGUCGGAUCACACAGAAGGAGCUAAGCGAAUCAUUCAAAAACCUCGGCAUCAUAAUCCCAGAAAACGAGUUAUCGCAGAUGAUCGAGAAGAUCGAUGUGAACGGUGAUGGCUGUGUUGACGUUGAAGAGUUUGGAGAGCUUAACAAGUCGAUAAUGGUCCAAGACGAGGAUGAGAUCGGAGAUGAAGAUAUGAAGGAAGCCUUCAAUGUUUUUGAUCAGAAUGGAGAUGGGUUUAUUACGGUGGAUGAGUUGAAAACGGUGUUGUCUUCCUUGGGACUCAAGCAAGGUAAGACCUUGGAGGAAUGUAGGAAGAUGAUAGUGCAAGUGGAUGUUGAUGGUGAUGGUAGGGUUAAUUACAAGGAGUUUAGACAAAUGAUGAAGAAGGGUCAGCUUAUAGCUCAAUGAGCUGAUGAUUUAUGAUUUUUUAAAAUAUAUAUUUUUUGGUUAUUUGUUUAGCCAAUAUUCUCUCGCAUUCUAGAAGGCAAAAUCACAUCUCAU